AUGGAAGGUUAUAAAGCUCCUCUGUCUAUGGAAUUCUGUACUCAAGUGGACGAGGGCUCUUGGGAAAAAGUGUUGAGGCAACUUUUCCUGGAACUAUCAUGUUUUUCACCCUGGCAAAUCCAAAGCUGGCAUUCUUCAAGUUCUGCCUCUUCUAGUGUAGAGGAGGCAGAUAGUGAUGUCGAGGCUGAAAGCGCAAGCGAUGUGGUCAGUAUUGAGGAACUUUUAAUGGAGAAAAUGAGUAAGGAUCUUCCUCCAGUCGAACUAGAGGAGCCAUUUUGCUGGCAGGCAUACAAUUAUGCGAAGGUCAGCAUUUAUCCGGCUGUUAAAGCUCCAGUUGAGAUUUCGACCCAGGUAACUCCAGGGGAUUACAUUUUGUGGAACAUCCUGUCUGUCUCUUGUCUCUUGUCUCUUGUCUCUUGUCUCUUGCCUCAGAACAAAUAUAGUUGUGUGCACCUGCUUGUCCUGUUCUCAUUAUCAGUGCAUGCAGAAGAGAAGCUUUUUGGUACCCUCUAAUUGCACUUGUCUGCCUGGAUGGUCAUCUGGUGCCCCUCACAAUCAGCCUCGAGCCUUCUUAAGUUCAAGAAAGAAGGGAGAAUGGAACAUUAAUUCGACUGAAUCGGAACCUUUAUUCUCUGAGCUACUGAACCUGAACUUGAUUUUGCUACCUGGGUUGUUAUCUGGUACCCCUCACAAUCAGCCUCUGGCCUUCUUAAGUUCAAGAAAGAAGGGAGAAUGGAACAUUAAUUCGACUGAAUCGGAACCUUUAUUCUCUGAGCUACUGAACCUGAACCUGAUUUCGCUACCUGAAUGGUUAUCUGGUGCCCCUCACAAUCAGCCUCUGGCUUUCUUAAGGUACGCCCUCGGUACCCUUAUAUAUCGUAUAGCUUAGAGAGAGAGGCGCUCAUAAUUCAAACAUAUUUUUCAAAAUAAAAAAAAUAUUGAACUUUUACAAAAGAAAGGGAAAAUUGAUUUAAAUUUAUUGAUUAAUGCAUUUUUUUAAAAAGUUUAAAUCUGUUUUUUUCCUGAACUUUCAUAGUGUGUUCUCCUUUAUGGUUCCCAAACAUUCAAGUAAUAUGUUUUUGUGUCUAAAUUUUUGUAUCCUUUUCUUUUUAUAUUUGUAAAUCAUUUUAUCCAGAAUGCGUGUGCUUUAUUUUAUUAUUUUUGUUUGUUGGACGAUAUAAACUUGUAAGCAAGUGCUUGAAAGUGGAUAAAGUAGAAAUAGAUUUUAUGUUUAAUUUGUAAUGAAUGUUUGGGAACCACGUUUUAAGAAAUUCAAAUAAAAUAUAUAUGAAAGUUCAGGGUCAAAAUAGUAUUUAAACUUAAUUUUCUAAUUCGUAUUUAAAAAAAAAAUUAUUUUUGAAAAUUUGCUAUAUUUCUCGGGACAAUGAAGAGAGGAGAUGCGUUUAUUGUCACAAUUGCACUAUUGCAACAGUGGGACAGUGAUUGUGUGAUGUUAAUUUAGACGUUGCAAAAAAUGUCGUUAUUUGCUCGUUUGCGAGGAAUGUUUUAAGGAAAUGUGAGCGUUGAGAGAUUUUUUAAAAAGAGUUCGAAAGUAAGCUUGAAAGUUGUUAUACGGAUAUAAUUCAUGUAGUACAUUUUGGGGUA